AUGAAAUUCAGAAACAGAAAGAACAAGGAUCAGGGUGGCCGUGGCCUAAAUUCUAAUAUGUUGGGAUUCAUUGAAAGCGUGUUCCUAGUUCUGACUGUUACUGAGUUUAUUCUUGGAAAUCUGGUGAAUGGUUUCAUUGUGUCAAUCAAUGGCAGCCAUUGGUUCAAGAGCAGGAAGAUUUCUCUGUCGGACUUCAUCAUUACCAGCUUGGCUGUCUUCAGGGUCUUUCUGCUGUGGAUCAUUUUUAUUGAUAGCCUUAUGAUAGUCUUCUCUUACCACACCCAUGACUCAGGGAUAAUGAUGCAACUUAUUGAUGUUUUCUGGACAUUUACAAACCACUUCAAUACUUGGCUUAUCUCCUGUCUCAGUGUUUUCUACUGCCUGAAAAUAGCCAGUUUCUCUCACCCCUCAUUUCUCUGGCUCAAAUGGAGAGCCUCUAGAGUGGUUGUUGCGAUGCUGUGGGGUGCGCUGCUCUUCUCCUGUGUCUGCACCAUGUCUCUGACGAAUGAAUUUAAGAUCUAUUCUGCCCUCACUAGAAGCAAAGACUCACCAAAUAUGACUGAAUACAGCAGAUUGAAGAGACAGGAGUAUAAUCUGAUGCAUGUUCUUGGGAAUCUGUGGAAGAUUCCUUCACUAAUUGUUUCCCUGAUUGCCUACAUUCUGCUCCUUCUCUCUCUGGGGAAGCACACACAGCAGAUGCAGCAAUACAGUAUUGGGCCCAGAGAUCAGAGUACUGAGGCCCACAGAAGAGCCAUGAGAAUCAUCUUUUCCUUUCUCUUAUUCUUUCUGUUAUACUUCCUUUCCUUCUUAAUUUUGUCAUCCAGUCGUUUCCUACCAGAAACCAAGAUUGCCAGGAUAAUCGGAGUAGUAAUUACAAUGUCAUACCUUGUUGGCGAUUCAUUUAUUCUCAUUUUAUGUAACAACAAACUGAAGCAGACUUUUGUGGCCAUGCUCCCAUGUGAGUGUGGUUAUCCAAAGCCUGCAUCUAAGGGGCCCUUUGCUUCAUAA